UCAUCACUACUUCCUCAUAUAAUCCAAUAUUCAUUGCAUAUGCUCUUACAUCAUCAAUCAUAUACAAAACCUUCUAGAACACAUAUAUCAUCAUUAUAAAACAAUGUAACAUUUAAUUGAAACACACUUCAAUUCAAUUCAAUUCAAGUUUAACCCCCAAAAUACAUAGACAAUGGUUUUGCAAGUAAACAUUAAUAAUGAUGUUCCUCAUUUUGUAUUAUUUCCCUUCAUAGCUCAAGGACACAUUAUCCCUAUGAUAGACAUUGCUAAACUUUUAGCACAACGUGGUAUUAUUGUUACCAUAUUUACUACACCAAAAAAUGCAUCACGUUUUAGUUCUGUUCUUUCUCGUGCUGUUUCUUCUGGCCUCCAAAUCAAACUUGUAACACUCAAUUUUCCAUCAAAACAAGUAGGAUUACCAGAAGGGUGUGAAAAUGUCGACAUGGUAAAUUCAAAAGAAAACAUAUUCAAUCUUUUCAAUGCAAUUACCAUGCUCCAAAAACCAGCAGAAGAUUUGUUUGAUGCAUUGACACCAAAACCAAGUUGCAUUAUUUCAGAUUUUUGCAUUCCUUGGACUUUACAAAUAGCUGAAAAGCAUAAAAUUCCAAGGAUUUCAUUUCAUGGUUUUUCUUGCUUCUGUCUCCAUUGCAUACUCAAGGUACACACUUCAAAGAUUCUUGAAACCGUCAAUUCGGAAUCUGAGUAUUUCAUUGUGCCUGGCAUACCUGACCAAAUUCAAGUCACCAAAGCGCAGAUACCAGGAACAGUGAAAGAGGAAAUGAAGGAGUUUGGGGAGAAGAUGCAUGAAGCUGAAAUAAAGUCAUAUGGUGUAAUCAUAAACACUUUUGAGGAGUUGGAGAAAGCAUAUGUUAAGGAUUACAAAAAUGAAAGAAAUGAUAAGGUGUGGUGUGUUGGACCAGUUUCACUUUGCAACAAAGAUGGUUUGGAUAAGGCACAAAGAGGGAACAUGGCCUCAAUAAGUGAACAUCUUUGUUUAAAGUGGCUAGAUUUGCACCAACCAAAGUCUGUGGUCUAUGCAUGUCUUGGAAGUUUAUGCAACUUAAUUCCUUCACAGCUAAUGGAAUUGGCUUUGGCCCUGGAAGCAUCUAAAAAGCCAUUUAUUUGGGUUAUUAGGGAAGGAAAUAAAAGUGAAGAGCUGGAAAAGUGGAUUAGUGAAGAAAGGUUUGAGGAAAGGAAUAAAGGGAGAGGCCUUAUAAUUAGAGGUUGGGCUCCACAAGUUCUAAUAUUAUCACACCAUUCUAUCGGAGGAUUCUUAACACAUUGUGGUUGGAAUUCAACACUUGAAGGGAUAAGUGAUGGUGUGCCAAUGAUAACUUGGCCAUUAUUUGCUGACCAAUUUUUGAAUGAGAAGCUUGUUACUCAAGUGUUGAGGAUUGGAGUGAGCCUUGGUGUAGAGCUUCCAAUGGAGUGGGGAGAGGAAGAGAAGUUAGGUGUGUUGGUGAAGAAGGAAGGUAUUAAGGAAGCAAUAUGCAUGGUGAUGGAUGAGGGAGAAGAAAGUAAUGAGAGGAGAGAAAGAGCUAGUAAACUAAGUGAGAUGGCAAAUAGAGCUGUUGGAAAAGGAGGCUCCUCUUAUCUUAAUAUGAAUUUGCUUGUCCAAGAUAUCAUGCAACAACAAUCAAGCAGCAAAGUUGAAACAUGAAGGGGUGUCAUUUAUAGCAUUUGUCCUUUUGCAGUCAUUGUUAUUUCUAUUAUUGCAUAUCCCACACUACAUUCAUGAAGUUGUGUUACAUGCAUGUAGAGGUAUUGAAUACUUUAAAAUAUAUGUUUUCACUUCUUUAUAACAAUCAAUCAUAAACCUUGCAAUAAUUAAAAAUGUCUA